GGUGACCCAGAUUUGUAUCGAUCCUCAGAUCAGACGAAAGGGGAAUGCUUUUUAUUUUGACAACCAGCCAGUGACUCGUCGACUCCAGCCUGAACGGGAAGAGAGCAACUACUUGGCAGCCCAAACACAUGGUGUGUUUAUGAUAUUCAGAGUAUAUAAAUGCCGUAAUCUUUCCAUCACGACACAAAGGACAAAAUGUCUGGAGACGACCAAGUUUUUCGCGACGUUCUGUCGUCUAUUCCCAACGAAGUCCGUCGUUACUCGGGCGACGUCGCCGACUACAUCGACAAGCACGUCGAAAAUUUGGCUGGGCAGCUACGCAUACAGCUCUCAUCCGCCCAAUGGAUCCCAGAGUCUGUCCGUCCGCGACCGCCCCCGUCGCGCUUUUCCGCCGAGAUGGUGCCGCAGUCUACAUACGAAAAGUUUGAGGACUGGGUUUCAAGACACAAGCUGGUGACGGGCUUGAUCGUGCUUGCGACGGGCACCGUCAUGUACCAGUGCUACCGACGCAGCCAUUUUUGCCGCAAAACGCGCCGGGCAAAGCGUGCCCGCAACGGUGGCCGCUUAGAGGUCGUCGUAGUUGCGGGUAAACCCAGUCUGCCGUUGACCAAGGCGAUCGCGCUGGACUUGGAGAGGAGAGGUCACACCGUCUACAUUGUUUGCAACUCGGUCGAAGAUGACGCCAUGGUGCGUAACAUGUCGAGGAUGGACAUAAAGCCUUUGGCCAUUGACAUUGCAGACCCUCCCAGCGCAGGAGCUUCGAUCGACCUGUUUGCUCAAUACCUUCAAACGCCCCAUGCACCCGUAUCUAAAGCAAAGGCCAACUACCUGACUCUCAAAGCCGUCAUCCUCGUACCAUCCCUCAGCUACCAGACCUCUCCCAUAGCCACCAUACCGCCAUCAAGUUUUGCCGACCUCUUCAACACACACCUCCUCCACCCCAUCCUCACCAUACAGGCCUUCCUGCCCCUUCUCACCGCUAGAUUAUCGACGCAGCCACCAGAACCGGAGAUCGGCCCUGAUGGAAAGGUAUCAAAGACCAACACCAACUCCCCUCCCAAGGUCCUCGUCUUCACUCCGUCCAUAAUAUCCUCUAUCAACCCACCCUUCCACGCCCCCGAGGCCACAGUCUGCUCCGCUCUGUCGGCCUUCACUGAGGUUCUGACGGCGGAGCUCCGCCCGCUCUCAAUCCCAGUCACGCACGUGCAGCUGGGCACGUUUGACUUUGCCAGCUUCACACCAUCGGCGCAAGCCGGCGCGGCGGCUACUGCCCGUGCCGCGCUGAUGCCCCCAUCUUCGGACAGCUCAUCAGAGGCUUCCUGGCCCGAAGGGGCGCGUCACGCUUACGGCCGUAACUUUGACGCCCAAGCCAGCUCUGCAACAGUCGGCUCCGGAACCGUCUUCCACGGCCUACGUGGGACGUCGUUGAGGGAACUUCACAACACCGUCUUUGACAUUAUACACACCGCGGGGGGUGUCCAGCCGCCGACGGUGGUGCGCAUCGGUCUCGGCGCCGACCUUUACGGCUUUGUCGGCCGCUGGGUGCCGCGCAAUUUGGUGGCGUGGAUGAUGGGCGUGAGAAAGGUCGACGAUCUCGCGGCGUGGCAACCCGCGUCGGCCGACAACUCGCCAACUAACUCGCCAAAGAUAUCGCCAAAGACCUCACCAAGGUCGGUGAGCGAGAGCGGUGAAUUUAUCGCCGUGACUGGGAGCACCCUGGGAGACGCAUCAGACUCCAACCCCUGGAGAGCCCCUGUAUAGUCAGCGAGGAGGAUUUUUGAAAAAGAAAAAUAUCGCACGUCCGCAGUAAUGGUAUGGAAUUAGCGAGACAAGUAUCUAGGUAGAAUCUGAGAUACUUGAGCAAAAUCGCACCACAUCCUGAACCAGAGUGAUUUGCCAUGGUAUACAACGCCACUCUAUAAAACUUAAUAAAGCAAGCCACACCACCAACGCCAAACAUGUACAGAAGAA